UUUUUUUUUGUAAAAUAAAUAAAUACAUUUCUUAAUUUGUUUGGAAAAAAUAUAUAUAAAAAGUCUUGAUCCUUUUUUUUUUCUAGGACGAAACGAAUCAACUUAUAGUUAUAGACAGUUGGAUAAAGAUGAACUGGAAAGAUGAGUAUCUCAAAUGGGAUCCGAGUAACUUUGGGAACGUUAGUGUUCUGCGAAUUCCUUCCACUGAAAUAUGGAGACCAGAUCUGUCGAUUUACACCGCGGUUCCGGUUGAAAGUGUUUUCCUUGAGCCUUUGACCCAAGCCCUGAUAUACUAUGAUGGAACUGUCUUGUGGGUACCACCUGUCACAAUUAAAAGUCGUUGCCCUCUCUUCAACCGAGCUCCGAAAAACGCAAUAAAGUGCAAUAUUCGUUUGGGUUCCUGGACAUACAGUGAGAAUGAAAUGGAUGUGUACCUGUCAUCUCCUGAAGUAGACGUUUCAAACUUCAUAGACAGUAAUGUGGAGUGGAAGCUCAUGGAAGCUCGUGCUAGUCGAGAACCGAAACAUUAUCCUUGCUGCAAAGAAGCGUACCCGCUCCUGCACUUCAACGUGACUCUGAAAAGACGAAAACCCUUUAGUGAAAACGAAUUACUCAUGCCAGAAAAUUCUGAUUUGAAUCCAGUAGAACUUGGAAAGACGAAAAAGAUUAUUGAAACCGAUUAAGUACCAGGUUCUGAUGUAUUACAGAAAAGAGGAAAUUCUUUGGAUUUCUGUCCUCAUGGAAAGUGCUGUUCGUGCCUAUUUUACCAGAGACUGAAAAAUAUUAUUUGAUUAAGAAUUAACGCAAAUGUGCUACAAAUAAACUUUAGACACUGAAUAAUAAAACACUGUUUUAUGCAGUAUUA